UAUUGUGUGUUUGUUGUUUAUUUUUCCUCGCUAGGGUAGUGAUGAUUUUUAGACAUGUCAACUCUUUUUCCAUCUCUACUACCGAAAGUUGUUGAUCAGCUUUGGUUUGAUGUAGAUAAAGCACUUGAUGAUGAAUCUGAACUUUCACAAGAGGAGCAGGCUCAUCAAGCUUGGUUGCAAAGUAUUGCAGAAAAGGGAAGUAAUAUAACUCCAGUUGGAAAAACAGCUUCAACAGAGACAUCUGAAGAAGAUGAGCAGGAUGAUGAAGAAGAUGAAAUUGACACAGAAGAGGAAUCAGAAGUGGAUGAGUUAGACGGCGAAGAAAUGAAUGUUUAUGAUGCAGAAUCCCCAGAAGAUGUAGAGAUGGAUUUAAGUAACGAAGCUGGUCCAUCAGAUUCCCCACAUCAGUGGAUGAUGAUGUGAGUAAACAGAUAAGCACGCCAGACAAAGCCUGGAUGUUUUCAACUUUUAGAUCACAUGCAGACUACCGCUCAUGCCAGGUGUGACUUAAGUCUGGUGGGAGAUGGACUUGAGUAAUGAAGCAGGCCUUGAGUUACAACUGACCAAUCAGAUCAGGGCUAGGAUUACGCACUUGUUUGCAUAUGUUUAUUUAUGGUAACUUGGCAACAAUAUCCAAAGAGGCCGGGGCUUAGUGGAAAGAACUAUUUAGUUCCUUGACCAGGAAAUAAUUUAUGUAACAAUUAUUUUUACUAAAAUUCAGUCAUAUUUCCUGUUGUGUACAAUAUGUGUUGUAGAAUGAAAAAUAAUAAAUAUUAUUUUGCAAUAAAGAUUGUUAUGUUCACUUUAUUAUUUAACAACUAAUCUUUUAAUUAUGACAAUUAAAUUGACAUCGUUUUUGUGGUUUUUUUCCUGACCAUUCCACUGAUAGAAAGCUUUUGGCAACCCAUAGUCCAUUGGAUCAAGACAUUUUUGUUCCAUUGAAAAAAUAGAAACAAAUGAAGAUAAGUGCAAUUAUUAAUUGACAAAACACUAUUGCAAGGCUUCUGAUGUAGGUGGGUAAAUAUCCAAGAUUCUUAAAAAGGCGAUUAUAUGUCCACCACAUACUCAGAUAGAGCUCAUUCUCCAAUUUGGUAUUUCUAAAAUUGGAGACUACUUUUUCCAAGUAAAAAGCUGAUCGUCUAUUUUGAGGCUGAAUCAUAAAAGACUACAUUACAUUUUUAGGUCUGGUAUUGGAGGCUAUAUGUACUAUAUUGUAAUUGGUAAUUUUUCGGCGUUAAAUACUCACGUGUGUUUAA